CUCAGUUGUUCAAGGAAGAAUAUAAGCAAAUUAGUACCGAGAUAUAGUUAGUAUCUGGUGUUUUUCUUGUCAGCUACUCUAGUAACAGUGAAAUCAAUCUCUUGUUUAGUCCCCUAGCCUAUCACCAUACAUUGCCUAGGCAUCAAAUCAAUCCCUUGUGUGCAUUAACACAUCUAACUCAACCAAAAACUUCAGGUAAAGAAAGCAGGAAUUGUCCAUAGUCAAUUCGUCUUGAUUAUAAGGAAUGGAUUUCAUUGGAAAACUGAUCAACAUUUUGAAAGGCAUAUGGAGAGCGUUUGUGAGAAGAUUUGGGUCUUUUAGAAGAAUUGCCUCCAGCAAUAACCCCAGAGAGGUUGCUACAGCAAAACAACACCCAGUAAAGGCCAUAGGAUGGGCAGCCAGGGAUGAAUCUGGUGUGCUAUCUCCGUUCCAGUUUUCCAGGAGGUCACCUGGAGAGAAUGAUGUGAUAUUCAAGGUGCUGUAUUGUGGGAUUUGUCACUCUGAUCUUCACAGCAUCAAAAAUGACUGGGGCGGAUCGAAUUACCCUAUGGUUCCGGGGCAUGAAGUUGUCGGUGUAGUCAAACAGGUAGGCAAAAAAGUGAAGAAAUUCAAGGUUGGAGAUAAAGUUGGAGUAGGCUGCAUAAUUGGUUCAUGUCAUUCAUGUGAAGAUUGCAAGAAUAAUCUUGAGAACUACUGUCCCAAGAUGGUAGCAACUUAUAACUCUACCUACUAUGAUGGAACACCAAACUAUGGAGGGUAUUCUGACAUCAUGGUUGUCAAUGAAAAUUACGCGAUUCGCUGGCCAGAAAACCUGCCUUUGGAUAGAGGAGCUCCUUUACUUUGUGCAGGGAUUACAACUUAUAGUGCAAUGAAGUAUUAUGGACUAGAUAGGCCUGGAUUGCACAUUGGCGUGGUCGGGUUAGGUGGAUUAGGCCAUUUGGCUGUGAAGUUUGCUAAGGCAUUUGGUGCUGCCAAAGUAACUGUGAUCAGCACCAGUCCUGGCAAGAAGGAUAAUGCAAUUCAGGGUCUUGGCGCAGACGCCUUUCUCAUUAGCCACGACAAAGAUCAGAUGCGAGCCAGUGCAAACACGAUGGACGGGAUCAUUGACACUUGUGCCGGAGUUCAUGAUCUGGGAACUCUAAUUGGUUUGUUGAAGUUCCAUUGUGUGAUUGUUACUGUUGGUUUGCCUCAACAGCCUCUGCCACUUCCUGUGUUUCCAUUGUUUAACGGGAGAAAGGCGGUUGCUGGAAGCGCUAUCGGUGGCAUCAAGGAGACGCAAGAAAUGAUUGAUUUUGCUGCAGAACAUAACAUAACAGCUGAUGUUGAGGUUGUUCCGGUGGGAUAUGUAAAUACUGCAAUGGAUAGACUUGCAAAGGGAGAUGUCAAGUUCAGGUUCGUCAUCGAUGUUGCCAACACUGUGAGAGGCUAGCUACCUUAAUGAACCUCUAACUUGCAUUAUCCUUGCAUUGUUGUAAUGAGUUUGUUUGAAUAAUGGUUUCUGUUCAGAAUAAUUUUUCAUGGACCACACUCAUACAGAAUCUUGUUGUAAUAUAAGCAAUCAUAAAUGUCUUGCGUGUGAAUGUUAUAAACAAAAAUGAUGAGCAUGAUAUGAAAUUGUACAUUUUUAUUAGGGCAAAUGCUGAGGAAACAAGACAAUAUCAGAUGUAAGGAAUAUCCAAGCUAACUAAUUCUUUCUUAUCGGAUGUAUAUAAUACAACCAAGAAAAGUACAACAAUUGAAUCAUCUACAAGAACUACGGUAAGCAUCAAAAAAUACUAAUACGAACCAAUGUUGAGCCAACACCCGGGAAUUUAUGUACCCUUUUGUAAGAGAAACAGAAAAAAAAAAAAAAAUGUCAAGAAUUUCCCAGGGAUCACAUAAGCUAAAGUAACGGAAAUACUGAUGGGGAGAUAAACAUACAAAAUUUU